CCGAUUUGAUUGAUUUUUGACUCAGUGAGAGCUUGAGUUAGAAGGAGGAGGAGGUGUUCCCGAAUUUCUCUUGGAUCUGUAGGCUAUCUGUUCUGAAAGGAGCGAGCGAAAUUUUCUGUCCGGCGUGUCCAGCAUCAUGCGACAGUCAUGUCGCCUCCAGGGAUAGAGAAGACUGGCCAGCUGGAGAACUCUCGCGUUGUUGGUGAGAGGAACAGUGUCUGGUUGACCUGGCUGUAUUGCGAAUACCACAACCAUUUUCGUUUGACCACUGCCGCUCCCGCCUACAGAGGACACUUGUAUUAUUCAUUCAGAAGCGAUUGUAUACUGGAACCCGUUUUCGAUCAAGACAAAUCGCCGCUGGGAGAGUAUAGAGUGCUGCGCUGUUGAAAGCGCCAGAAGUGGAUCUUUGGAUUACUGAACGCGAAGGUGUUAAAUCAGGUUUUCAUGGAUUAGUUCACGUGGAUAAAGAUGGAUGUGGAUCUGCUGUUAACUCACAUUAAUGCUGUCAACAUCCACGCCGGUAACCCGACCCCGAGCACCAUUGUGGUGAGCGCCAGCAGCACCCGGGACAAUGGUCACUUCGGCGUCCUUCAUGGCAGCAGCACCAGGGACAAUGGUCACUGCAACGUUCACCAUGGCAACGGCAACAAUAACAACGACUCUGACGAGGAGGUGGACAAUCGCACCUUCACCGUGGCCAACGCCAACCAGCGCCCCAAGCACCUGCCCAUCGCCCACUUGCCACCGCAGCCACCUCGCGGGGGUCAGGUCAGAAGCCCCGCGCAUUCCCCGACGUCGGCGACCCCGACAUUGACCUUUUCCCCUCACAGGCACCUCUGCCAUGCAUCCUCCCAGCAGCACGGUGGCAGGAACAGUGGAGUUACGCUCCAUCCUGGCUCUAUCCACCGCAACCACCAACACCUCCAUCCUCUUCACCUACCUCACCAACCGCUCCUGCAACUACCGCAGCUCCCCACACAGUAUGCUGCACCUCUGCUUUACCACAUGCAACCACAUUUAGGGAGUGGUAUUAAACGUCACAGCUCCUACCAUGGACCCAACAGCCUGGCCAAUAAAUUUCGUCACAACAAAGCCGUGAGGCGGCCAUCUGGAUCUUUUACCUACGUCAGGUGUGAGGUUUGCAAGAUGAAUGUGCCCCAUAGGGUGCUCACGCCGGAGGACGGCCUCAAGUCAAUGUCAAGGACACUGGACUCUGGGGAGUAUAACGUGGAUUGCCUGGCAUCGCCACAUUCGACCUUGUCUGACGUGAUCAGCCAUGGCAGCGAGGACUCACUGGACAAGAGAUCGAGUCUACCCCGUAUGAAGAGCUACGACGCUGUUGUCUUUGAUGUGCUCAGAGUGGCCCCGGAGGACUUCGCUAGUCAGAUCACUUUACUGGACCUGCCAGUGUUCAAGUCUAUACAGCCAGAUGAGCUAACAUCCUGUGCCUGGACCACAAAAGAAAAGCUGAUCAAAGCACCCAAUGUUGUGGCCUUCACCAGGAGAUUUAACCAUGUGAACUUCUGGGUCCAGAAAGAGAUUUUAAAUUGUCAGACAUUGAAGACAAGAGCAGAAGUUCUGGCACACUUCAUCAAGAUAGCAAAGAAACUCCAUGAUCUGAACAACCUUCAUGCAGAGAUGGCAGUAAUAUCAGCAUUACAAAGUGCGGCUAUUUUUAGACUAUCACACACAUGGAUGAUGUUGUCCAAGAAAGACAAGAGUACCUACGAAAGAAUGGCUGACUUGUUUUCUGAAAACAGCAACAGACAAAAGUUACGAGACUACAUGGAGAAUGUCCGCCUGCCUUGUAUUCCAUAUUUAGGUCUGUACUUGACUGAUCUCAUCUACAUUGAUGUUGCUCACCCUCACUCUGGAGGAUUGGAAAGUCAGCCAAGGAGGGUACAGAUGAAUAACAUUCUGAGAGUCAUUGCUGAUUUUCAACAGUCUGAAUACGGAGAGAACUACACAGUAUUAGAGCAUAUCCAAAACUACUUGAAGUCUGUCAGAUACAUUGAAGAACUGCAGAAAUUUGUAGAGGAUGACAACUACAAAUUGUCUCUCAAGCUGGAACCUCCUGGCACAGCAUCGUCCUCCUCUUCCAGGGAGGAUGUCAACACCUACCCCCCUCCGUCCCCACACUCAGAGCCCAGGAAUCAGCUGAGUGUUGCCAGAGUGUCAGCAGCCACACACCGGAAGUCUAGAAGUCUUAGUGCAAAUUUUAUGUCCUGUACACACCCACAAGCAGAAAAGUCCAACAGUCUGCCCAGUAGAGCCACUGCCCCAUAUAUCCAGGGCAUUCGACAUUUACUGGACGACAGUGUCCUGGAGGAAUCUCCCUGUGCGUCCAGUGAAGGGUCAGUUUGCAGCAAGCUUCAGACAGAAAACAGAGAAAUGAUGGAAUCAACCUCUAGUGACCAGGAAUCCUUCUGGCCUGCUCUGUCCAACAGUUUUUCUCGUCGAGAGUCCGAAGAUGACCAGUUGCCGGCCAGUAAAGAUCAGAGUUUUACAUGUCAGGGAUGUCUGAAGAGAAAAACUUUAAUCAAGGAGGGGAAGAAACCAACAGUGUCCUCAUGGUCCAGGUACUGGGUGGCCUUAUGGGGAUCAAACCUUUUAUUUUACCCAGCUAAAACAUUACGAGGCUCAGAUCGUUCUAAUUUUAAAUCUAAUCCACAUAAAAUGACCUCCAUAUUGGGGUGGAUGGUGAUCAUGGGAGAUAAUCCACUUCAGCCUGAUGCAUUCCAGCUCACAGACCCUGUCAAAGGUAAUGUGUACAAGUUCCGUGCAGGUACCCAGUGUAAUGCGCUCCAGUGGUGCAGGUAUCUCAAUGAAGCCACUAAGAGAGGCACACAAAAGCCUGUAAAUUUGAUGUCGUUUGAUUGAAGAUCUCUGAGAAAUGAACCAUUGAGAAACCUGCACCAACUUGAGCGUGUGACAUGUGCAAGUCUACUCAUCACCUGCACCACCGUCACCUCCUGACUUGCCCCAGACAUCAUUUUAUUUUUGUCUCUGUCUUGUUCAGCGGGCCUGAACACAUCAGAAUCCAUUCAUCCUUCUUGGGGGCAAAGGGAAACAAUUUAGCUUCAACCUCUUGACAAGGGCACAUAACUCUAGUCCGCGGGAUAAAUUAUCUGGAAUCAGACACACACUGAGAUGGCCAGCCUUGCAUGGCCUGUAAUGAAUGUUGCUUGCACUGAGAAUAUGAAAGCCAUUGUUUGCAUUGAAGGCCAUUGAUUCCACACACACACAAAAAGAUUGUGAAACUAGUUUUAUAGAAGAAGGAGCAUCACAGCUGGAGUGGACAUUUGUUUUAACUUUAGGACUUUGUUUUUUGUCUGUUUUUACAAGGACAGUCUUCUGAAAACACAUUUUUAAACCAAAUUUUAAACUAGACAUUAUGUCAAUGCGAAGACUUGAGUUGUUUCAACAAAUGGAGAACUGUGGAAUGAUGGGAUGUCGUCUGCUACACUUUUCAUUGGCAGAUUUCAGAGUUGUUGUUUUUCCCCAUGACCUGAAAAUUCUUGUAUUUCCCCCCCGGUCAGUACCAUGUAAUACUCCACACUGCCCACCCACUUAUGUCAAUUUGUAUUGUCAGUUGGGACAUUCUGGUAACUGCAGUGCAUCCUACAUUCUGAUCUAAAUAAACAAUUUAAUGACUUGACUCGUUGUAACGGAGAAAUGCUGAUACCUGAGAGCAUCAUUUCCAUUAUCUUGAGACUGCUCCAGUACAUCAACUAGGCCAGUGUUAUUUCAACUAGUCUCUACCCUACUCAAAUUUGUAAUCCUCUUGUCUAUUGCAUUAUGUACAAAUUUGUUGAUAAUAAAAAAAAAUUUCUCACUUUUGUGCCAAAUUUAUAAAUUGAAAUGUGUAGAUACAUCGACAUCUUUUUUUCAAAAACUAUAAAUACGAUUUGGAGUUAAGUUUUUAAACUCAAAAGCAGCACUUGGAACUGUUUUUGUGGAGAAGAAAAAAGAAAAGCUGACUUAACUCGACACAAUUUUUUUCCAAAAACUUUUUUAUAUCUCUAGGGCUAAAAAAGGAAACGUCUUCUCUCUGAGCCUCUGUAUCUCAAACUUCAUGGCACAACUUUUAUUUCUUAACUUCCAGAAGAUCAGUAGGAUUUGUUUCAAUUCUGAGUUUCAUUAUUUGUUGUCUUUUUUUUUUUUUAAACUAUUUGCGUCUUCCAAAAAAACUUGUGUUUUUAAUGUUGUUAUAACUCAAGCCUCAAUUCUUCCUUGACUCAAUCUGAUUUGUGCUCCAUAGCUUUGCUGAAGAUUCAGAGCUAAGGUGUGGAUUAUUACAGUGGAAUGUCCACCAUAUGGAUUUGAUUUAUUAGUAACGUGAUGAUUCCACUGAACAUUGUCAGGCUAUUCAACUGUAGCUGGAUACACAAUACUUGUGAAUGAUUUUAUUCAGUAUAGAGUUUUACCUUGUAAAAUAACCGAAGUGUUGUUUUCAUUAGAAAAAUAUAUAUUUUUUUAGAAGGAGAUUAAAAAAAAAGGAUUUUUUAACAUCACUAAAUGUAGUUUAUGUGAACUAAGAUGUGAUAUGGUGUAAUGAGACGUCAGUGUCUGGUGUUUUGUAUGCUGUAUUUACUAAAUCUAUAUUUGGAGUUUGUAGCUCCAAACUCUGGGCCUAUGCAAUAUGUUGUCUCCCCUGAUAACCUUGACCUACGAGUGUGCUAUAUAACAGGAGAGACAGAAAAUAACAUGCACAGCAUAAAGGGUUCUUCCUGUUUUUAGAAAUCAUGGACAACUCUGUGUCAGUCAGCUGAAGAAGUAAGCAGCAAGACUUUUACCAUUGACAAGAAAGUUCCCAACUGAAUUGUCAAGUACUGUGUGCCAUGUGAAUGGUGAUGCAGUAAAACUCUCUGUAUGAUACUGCAGCCACGUGGGACAGCGGUAUAUCUCAUCAUGUAGUCCAAAUAAAAUGUUGACAGUUGCGUUGUGACAUGAAUAGAAUUUCAAUUCAGCUUGAGGUUGUGUCUUCGUCAUCCCGUCUGGUGUGACAAACGACUUGCCUGUGUCCAGCUUCGUCAAAAGGGCAGACGCUCACUGAGAAAAAAAUCUGUAAAUAUGAAUGCCCUUUUUUAAGACAUCCUGACCAGGCAAGACAAACCUAUUUAUAGACAAAUAUAAGAUAAGAUAGACAAACAAUAUAAACCCAUCAAUAAGAAAGUGUAUUUUCAUAACAGCAAGAAAGAUAACUGUGAAAUAAGCUACAUUUUAAUUCAUCUUUCCAACUAGCAGCCAACACAGAAACAUAACAUCCUGUCUAGAUUUGUAUAGUUUCUAACAGUUUCUCCCCACUCAAAACUAAAUGAUUUAUUUACAAAGCAUGUUUGAGAUUGUUAAAAAAACAAUAUAUAUGAAACACUAAUGCAGUUUUAUUUUGUGUAUACUAUUGAAAACGAAACCAAAAAAAAGUAUAUCCUAUGGUGUAAGUCACUAUAUUCUAACUCCUCUAUAUUAGACUUGUAUAUACUGUAUACCGUCUACACAGUAGUCAGAAUGUUGAGUAUCUUAGUUUUGAUUGUAUAUAAUUAUUUGAACUUACUUUAGUUGUUUUUUUUUUAUAUGUGCAAUAAACAUUAGAGAAGAUAUGGAAAAGGCAGAGUAGCUGCAAAUUGGAACUGAAACUAUAAGGACAUUGGCACUAUGUCAAUGAAAUGACAUUUAUUUUACUUGUAAUGUAUUUAUGCAUCAAUUAUAGUGAUGUAUUUCUGAACUAGAUUUCUUGAUCUAGUUCACGGCUAAUGUCACAUCAGCCAAUUUUAUUCAUAAGAAUUAAAACAUUUGAAAUUAUAUUUGUUUAAUAGGUGAAGAAGAUUAGAAUAACUAUUGUACACUAAAAGGAUUAUAUAUUAUUCUCUUCAUAAACGUAAGACUAAAGUCUUUAUGCUAAAGAUGUACUAAUAGUCACUUGUAUGUAAAAUCACUGAAUCAAUUACUCAGCACUUGUAAUAGUUUUAAUGAUUAUUUUCAACCCAGCACUUUCAUUGUUAUAGGUGUAAAAACAACUUUUUGAACCAUUUUGUUUUUCUUUGUACAUAAAAUAAACUCUUCAGAGAAUUUCAGAGGAAACAAAAACAAGCUUGAAAACUUUCACACUAAAAAUGUCAGGAAUAAUUCAAAUAGAAUUCGACUUGUUUUAAAAAUUCCUCCACUCAAUAGUAUCAUAAGAUUAAAUAAAAACAAAGGUUGUGUAAGUUUUGUAACUCUUGCAAGCCGAACUUUGACAGUUUAAAGUAUUAAUGAACCGCGUCAAAGCUUUUAGCUAGUAUUUAAUGGGCUAGGUAUUUGAGCAUUGUAUUUCACCACAGAACCGUAAGGCUAAGACAUUGACAGUAUCCUGCACUGCAAUUUGACAUACAACCAAGUUGUACAGAUCUAGUCCUACCAGUAACUAGCACUGUGUGUGCCCUAGGUCCUAAACUAGGACAUUUAAGGACAACAAUGCUGUGAUUCAAUCAUUAUUGAAAGUCUUCAAAUGAAACUUUUUUUUUUUUGUUCGAAACCCCAAUGAAUGACUUUGUUCCAGGUUCUAUCUUGUGAUGUGGACCUAUGUUGAUACAUUACUCAUUGCUAUACACAGCUUGUAUUAUGACACAGCAAGGUCAAGGUUUAUGUAUUUGGCAUUGUUUUAAACUGCUGCUUAGUUUGUUGAAGUUGUAUAUAUUUUCACUGCAUUACUUUGGUGUUGUGGCUCCUCCUUGUGUAAAGCCGGCACUGUUUUAUUCUUUUUUUAUUUUCAAGAGAAUAUAAAUGUGUGGCCUGGCUGCUUGAAGUAUUGUAGCCCAGGCCUUAGUCUAUUUGUCAGCUUAGUCAAUGUUGCCCGUGUAAAGUUAAUAGGUGUCAACAUAAUGAGAUACAAUUUGGGACAAAAUCAUUGUAUCUUUUAACUCAUAAGAGUCCAGUGCAUUCCAUUCUGUGACUUUUGUUUUGAUUGGAUUAAAAACAACAAACUACUAGCUACUGAAACAUGAUUCGCAUUCAUUUUGAAAGACAUUUUGUUCUUAUAAUCAUUUCAUUUUUCUUUGGAAUGUUACGAUUACCUGGCAAGUCUGAUGUCUAGCACUGCGUUGAUAGGGAAGUAACUCCAUAAAAACUUCAUUGAAAGGGAAGUGACUCAGAUUUUCACAUGGUGUUGAAGAAUUAUUAUUAUUAUUUUUUAAAAUAGGGAUUUCAGGUCAUUCCUGAUUACAGCGAAGUCUAAUAGCCACAACCGCCAGGGCAAGUAGAAUGGAUUCCCUGUUCUGGGCAUAUCACAUUUUUGACAAAAACUUUUUUCAAAUUAUUUAGUUGAAAAAAGGGGAAAUGAAUCCCUAAUUUAUAAACCCACAUGUACGUUUUUAUAAUGCAAGUGGAUGGUUCUAAGUCCCCGAUCACCGACCCACAUAAACCCAACUUCUAAUGAUGUUAAAACAAGCCACUUGAUUGGUCAUCCAUCUUUAUUACAGUACGUUAUAGUGCUAGGCAUCAGAACUGAACUCAGUCCACACCAUACAAUAUGAAACAUUUAUGUUCAUUGACUAUAAUUCUGUGUUUUGUUUCGUAUUUGUUUAUUCCUACAUUUGAAUGAUAACUAAUGACUUCUGCAUGUAUUUUGACCAUGCACCUCCAAAUGCAAUAUGCAGUUGAUACAAAUACUGAUAAUUAAAGAAAUAUUUAUGAAUAAAA